UUCAUGCUUCAAAAAACUGCAAAGAAUUGUCAACAAUUAUUUUCCAAGUUAAUUUUGUAAAUAUUUGCUAAAAAAAUGCGAAUCUUAACGUUUAGUAUCCUUAAGAACUGCAAGCAGAAAUUGUCUCUGUAUAAACUUUACAAGAAUUUAAGUCUUGACGUUACCCAGGCAAGAGUUCAACCAGUAGCGGAAAAAUUACCAGGCAACACAAGUUAUAUAGAAAUACUACCAUCAUGGAAACCAAAUGAGGAGCCUGAGCUGCGUACCACUGUCCUGCAGCACAUGCGUAUCCUGCCUAACUUUGUGAGUGAGGAUGAGGAAACUGCCUUGCUCGCAGAAGUUGAACCGGUGCUGAAGAGGAUGAGAUACGAGUUUGACCAUUGGGACAAUGCAAUCGAAGGAUUCCGUGAAACAGAACGUGGCAAAUGGAACACCCAGAAUGAGGCUAUUCUGUCCCGAAUGAAGGAAGUUGGAUUUGCCCCGCAUACUGAGUUGUUACCCUACGUCCACGUUCUUGACUUGGCUGCGUCUGGUCAUAUUAAACCUCAUGUUGAUGCAGUUAGAUUCUGUGGUGACACAAUAGCGGGGUUAUGCUUAGCGUCCAGUGCAAUAAUGAGGUUAGCUCAUGAGAAGAAGCCCCACUUGGCACUGGAUGCUUUGCUGGAGCGCAGGUGCCUGUAUAUCAUGAGCGGAGUGGCCCGUUAUGAUUUUUCACACGAAGUGCUGGGAGGCGAGCGUAGUAUGUGGAGGGGAGAAAAACUACCUCGGAAACGACGAAUAGCCUUCAUAUGCCGCGAACAGCCCCGACCGGAGCAUAGACAAUAAUAAUUUAUAGAUUCAAGUAUAGUAAUAUGUAGUAAAAUUUUUGGAAUGUGAUAUUAUGACAAAAUCUUUACCAUUUAAUACAGUGCUGUGAGUAAAUGUCAGAAAAUACUAAUCGCUUCAGAUCAAUACAUCGAAUUAUACAUUCAUCGUCUGGUAAGAGGCUUCGGCCGUGACUAGUUACCGCCUUACCGUCAAAGACGUGCCGCUAAGGGAUUUAUGACGUUCCGGGACGAUGUCAAGGUAACACAAAUAACAUAAUAGAGAGAGAGAACUAAAAAUAAAUUCAUCACUUGUAUGGUAAACUUUACAGCAAUGAGGUAGGUCCAGAGUUACCUUCGGAAUGAUGUUAUAAAAACAUAUACUCAAAACCCCCGGUAUUGAAUUCUGUAUCUUUUACACACAAUAUGUAGUUUUCACUUUAAUAUUAUUAUAUACUACAUUUUGUUUAAAAACCCUAAUGUUGUUUUUGAAAAAUUCUCUAUUAUUAUAAAUAUUUUGGAUUGUUAUGGAUAUUUGAACUUGGAAACAUUAGCGUAUCAGUGUAACAAAACAAGUAUUGCGUUAACAAGGGCAGGCAGUGCUUUCACGCAUGUAUGUCGUGCCGCAGCUGAACCUCAGAUCGGCGACAUAACCUUCGUAGCUUUAGUUUUAAGUUGAAGAAUGUAGUUAGAAUGUGAUAGGUCUACUUAUAAAAAUUGUUGAAUUUUACAUUGAAAGAAAUUACAAAAAUAAAUCUAAAUUAUUUUUAA